AUGACUGGAAAUGAAGUCACGAAGAAAUCGAUACGAAAUAAACACCCUUUGAAGGAAAAGGCGGAUUCAAUGGCUGCAAGACUAUCAAUGAUAACAAAAGAGUUGUCUUUCAUGUCUCCUUCAAAAGAUUCCCUUGACAAAUUGGUCGAAGAUCAACAACUUUUGAUGAUUAUGGAAAAUGAAAUAAGUCAAUCACAAAAAGAAAAGUCUGCCUUAUUGCUUAGAAUACGUAAAACUAAAAUUGAAAUCGAAGAGUUACAAAAAAACAUUAAUCAGACACAUAAAGAAAAUAAACCUUCUUUAACAUCCGAUCAAGAUGCAUUAAUUGACAAAUUACUUAGUAUAAAUGAUCAAUCCCUUUUGGAAUCUAUUGGCACUUCCUUACAAGCUGAAUCCAAUCAACAACAACAUAAUAAUAUCACUAUUGAUAAUACCGAUCGAGCAAGUGACAUAGAACGGUUAACAAAUUUUACAAAACUCAAUUUCUUAAAAGUUAGUAAUAAUUUGAUCACGGCUGAUGGAGAUUGUAUUCGUCGUUAUAAUCACGCAGGAAAUUCUUAUGAUAUCAACUUUUGUAUUGAAUUUGACGUGAACGAAACCGAUCUUGUUAUCAGAAGGCUUAAAAUCAAAGUAGAUUCCGGUGUAAAGAGAGAGAUAGGAAAAUUUAUUGAAAAUGUCGAAUACGAUAAAAAUCUACUGGUUUUUUUCAAAGGUUUUGUUGAGUAUGCGCGAUUGAAUUAUCAACGUAAAUUAUUGUUUGAUAAUUUAAAAGGAAAAUACCAUACCUUGACUUCAUCAAGUAGUCAUACGCAUAAUAAAUAUUCCCAACAUGCUUCGCAUUUGUGUGUUGACGUGCACCCUUUAUUACGAUUCUCAGAUAAAAGCAAAAUUGGACCAGAGUUAAUCUUGUCAUGGAAUUUGAAUAUUGAUUCAUCUGGUCGAGUUAUCCCUGAUGUCAAAAUGUAUGCACGAACUCCACGUCAAUGGACAUUAUUGGAUGAAAAACAUAUAAUUGAUCAGAUACCAAUUAAUUUUCAAAAUUUGGCUGAAGUUAAAGGAAUUCAAUCGGCUAUUGAAAUGAUUGUAAAAAGUUUUUUCAAAGUCUCAUGA